UUCUUUAAUAACUCGUGUUGGUUUCAAAUUUUGCCUAACCUGAAGCAUUUGUGAGCUGUACGCUAUUUGUACGGCUUACUCGGGGUGAAUAGUACUGUACUGUCAUGAUAGUGUCGCCGCAUAAAUUGAGAGUGCUGCUCGCGUUUUUACUGUGGCGCUUUAUUCGUAUUAUUACGGUAAUAUUGUUUAUCGCCCUGCGUUUUCUUGCGUUUCAGCGCACUGACUUGAUAUUUCUACAUUUUCGACAUGAUAAGUCUCGUGUACAGAACCUCCAGUGGAAUGAUUUAAUUCUUCUUUACAGUGAAAUAAACCACUGUUCGAUCAAAUUCAGCCAGGGAGCCUGUGUGGGUUACCACCACGGACGGACAGAAUGUGUUUAAAAUACAUUUAAGGUCCACAUGAUGUCCUCUCCUGACUUUGGAAACGGCAAACAGGAGAACGGCUUGAAGACUCCAGGGCUGAGGGGUGCCAAGACUACCACGUUAUUUCGUGCAGUAAACCCAGAACUCUUCAUUAAACCUAAUAAGCCUGUAAUGGCUUUUGGAUUGGUUACAAUAUCCCUGUGCAUGGGAUAUCUGGGAUACCUUCAUGCGGUCAAGGAGAACGAUCAAGAGUUGUAUGAAGCUAUUGACAGCCAAGGAGAGCGAUACAUGAGAAGACGGACAUCUAAGUGGGACUGAUGACAUAAAAUACUUUCUACUUUUUGUUAACCAGUAAAUCAAAAUUUAAUAGCUGUUGAGUGUAUUUAAAUAUAUAUGCCAAAACAUGCUCUUAUUUUGAGUGAGAGAAAUGUUUUCCAUUAAACUGGGGGAUGAAAUAAUUGGAAUUCUGCAUUUUGCACCAGUUUUAUGAAGUUUUUUUAAAUGUUUGUCAAGGAUGGAUUUGU